AUGGAGGUGGAUGCCCGUGAUCAUUCUCUCCGGGAAUCUGUGGACUGUCGGAUAGAGGAGGCUCGUCUAGAGGAGAAUUUGUCUGCCACUAGUGAUGCCAAGGGCAACCUUACCGCAGCGCGAGCUCAUACUGAGUCCCUCCAAGCGAAGCUGCAUUCUGCCUUGGAGGCCCUCAAAAGAGCCGACGAGAGGACGGCUGAAGCACAAGAGCAUACUAAGUCCCUGGAGGCAGAGUUGUCUCAUACUCGCAGGGUUCUCAAGGAGUCCGAUGAGAGGGCGGCUGCAGCAGAGAUUCGAAGUGAAGAAGUUUUGAAGCAGCUGUCCUCCCUGGUGGAGGCCCUUCGUGAAAGGGAUGAGGCGAUAAGCCAGAAGGAGGAGGUCCAGCGCCAGUAUGAGGCCCUGAAGGCUAAUUUUGAAGGGCUUCAAGUUCACCUAAAUAAGGUGAAUGUUCAAAAGGAGAGGGCCUUAGCUCGGGUGGAGGUCCUUGAGCAGGAGCUGAGCACGAGUUCUGCGCGUAUCAGAGACCUAGUUUCAUCGGCCGAGGAGUCUACGCUUCGUAAUCAACAGCUUAGCCAUGAAGUCAGGGCUGCAGAGCGUAAAUGUUCAGCCCUACUCAAGGUGGUUAAACAUGCCGAGGAUAAGAUCCAGCGGGAGUGCGAGAGGCGUCUGGAGGAGUAUCAGGAGUCGGAUGAGCUGAAAGGAAAGAUUGAGCAGGCCUGUGAAGCUCACCUCCAAGACUAUAAGGAUUCUUCUGAAUUGAAGGCGGUUAUAGCUGAGGCCUGUGAGUUGCAUCUAGACGAGUAUAAAGCCUCUGAGGAGAUGAAGACUGCUAUUUGGCAAAAAGCCUUUCGUAUGUUUAGAUCUGGUUAUAAUAGGGGUUUAAGGGAAGCCAGACGUGCUCCUGAUACUCCUCUGACAAAACUUCGAGCUAAAGAAGUGGAUUCUGAUGGUGAGGAGGUUCUGUAUGGGGAAGAUGAUUUUCCCUUGCCUAGGGGGACCUCUCGUAUUGCGGCUGGGUCUUCUGGGGAAGAGUCCGAGCAACAGGGGGACAAUAUGGAGGACUUUAGGACUGAAGGCGAAGACCCUGAGCCUGAGGAGGGAGACCCUGGCCCAGGGUUGGAGGGUGCCAGAUCCCCUCCGGGUGUAAAUGUAAAUAAAGAUACUAUAGGUGAUGACAUUCUGAGAGAUGUAAGUCCCUUGAGGACUGUUUUUCCUUCAAACCCAUCAGAUAAAUAA